AACCGCGUCAGUUGGACCUCCGCUCGUCCACCAUGAGGUCGUUUACACCACAAGGCGAUCCUCCAGUGUCGGUGAAACGGCCUCCUAUCAGCGCCGGAUCGCAUUUUCGCGCGACCAUCAGCGGCGGCAUUCCACGACCCAGUGCAUCGCAACGAGAGUCAAGGAUAACUGGCUUCCGCAGAAGUACGACCACUCAGCCAUCCUACAACAUUCUCACCGGCGAAUCCAACAUGGCGCCUCCUAGCUCUCGACCGGGCGGCCCCUCGGGCCCAUCGCCACCGCGAGGUCGUGCUGCCACUGUAGCCAGCAACUUCAGUCGCGAAAGCAGCAAGGAGAACCGCCCACCACCCGACGCCGAGGAGUACGAGACGCAGCGCAAGCGCAUCGAGGAGCUCAAGGCCGAGGUCGGCACGCUCCAAUACCAAAUCAGCAGCUACGAGCAGGAGAAAGAGCUGGCGCGGUUACAGAUGGAAAACGAGAUGCGCGACACCAAGCGCCGCGCCGAGGACGAUUUCAAGGCAAAACAGGCUGCAGAAGUCGAGAGGGCGAAGGCUCAGCGGCAGGUCGAGGCGCUGCAGCACGAAUUAGACGAAUUGAGAGCCGAAAAAGAGGCCCAGAAACGGGAGCUGGAGACGAAGGCGAGAGAUGCUCUCGCGGAAGCCAGGCUGCUGCAGGAGCAGCUGGAGGAGCUGAGUUCGGCCAAGGAUGAGGCCGCGCGGAUGGCCGAGCGCGAGGCCAAUGACCUCAGGGCCAAGCUGGCCUCGUCGCAACGCACUGUCCACGAGUUGGAGGAGGAGAGCAGGGCACGGGAGGAGCUUUUGGGGAAGGCACAUUCACAGUUGACUGAAAGAGACGAGACGAUCGGCAGGCUAGAAGCUGACGUGCUUCGGCUCAAGGCGCAGACUGGCGAUGCUGACACCAUCGCGGUCAUUCGAAGGGAAUUGUCUGACCAAGUAACACACAUCCGGAACUUGGAGGCGAAGAACCGAGAGCAAGUUACGGAGCUGAAGCACCUGCGCCAGGUGCACAAGGCUGUCGAGGUUGUCGAGGAGGAGAAGCGCUCCCUUCAGCGAAGGUUGGAGGCCGCCGAAUCGGUCCAAAACGAGCUCAACGAAGAAAGACGACAGCGGCAGAGGCUGGAGGACGAAAGGCGGUCAUGGGCAGCCUAUCUCAGGAGCGAAGGCGGCGCAGACGGACCAAACGAGUUCGACUCCCCGGAAGCCGUGGCGAGGGCGCUGGCCGCGGAACGCCUGCACUCGGCCUCUCUUGUCGAGAGGCUGGGGGAGCUACAGCCCGAGAUCGCUGACCGCGACAAUAUUAUCAAGACGCUGGAGGAUGAGAAGGCUAGGCUCCUUGAGCAGAUUGAAAAGCUCAGGGCGGCAGGGGUUACUGGUGCAGGGAGUGACAAAGCUCGGGCCCGUCUCGAGCGACAACGCGCCCUUGCAGUCAAGGAGGUCGAGUAUCUCCGGGCACAGAUCAAGACGUUCGACAUGGAGGAUAUGACGGUCCAGCCGGAAAGCGUCGACCAGCAAAAGGUCAGGCGCAUCCAGGAGCUGGAGGACCUAGUGGAUAAGUACAAGGCCGAGGUCAGCACCCUCCACGCCGACCUGACGUCCCUAGAGUCAGCCUCCACCAGCCCCGCUCAGCCCGUCUUCAACAAGAAACGCCAGCGCGAAGACGACGAAGACGAGAACGAACAGCUCGGCCAACUGGCCCGGAAGAACCGCAAGCUGCAAACCGAGCUCUCCGACCUCCAAACCGCUCACCGCCUCCUUCAAAAAGAGCAUGAAGUCACCACCCUGCAGCUCGCCUCCGCUAAAGAGCAGCUUCAAACCCGCAUCCUCUCGCUCCGCUCCAACCCCACUUCGGACCACGAAGCAACCAAGGCGGCCACUCUCGCAGCGCUCAAGCUCGAAAACGCCGAGCUCCUAGCCCACAUCCAGCGCCAGCCGACCCUCUUCGCGACGGUGCCCGCCUCCCAGCUCGCCGCGGCUCAGCGCGAGAUAGCCGAGGCCAAGGCCGAAACAGCGUCGGCGCACAAGUCGGCGCGCCGCCUCAAGGAGGUCUGGGCGGCCAAGUCGGCCGAGUUCAAGGAGGCCGUCUUCAGCACCCUCGGCUGGACCGUCACCUUCAUCCCCGGGGGCAAAAUGCGCGUCGAGAGCGUGUAUUACCCCUCGCGGACGGACGAGCACGAGAACAGUAUUGUCUUUGAUGGUGAGAGAGGGACCAUGAAGGUCGGUGGUGGCCCGCGGAGUGCGUUUGCUCAAAAGAUAGGGGAUAACAUCAAGUUUUGGGUGCGCGAGAGGGGGUGCGUGCCGGGUUUCUUGGCUGCAUUGACGAUUGAGUUCUUUGAGGCGCAGAUGGAGAAGUAGGGAUGAACAUGUUUGAGUCUUUGUACAUUAACGGGAGUCAGGAGAUGGUAGGGCGGAGUGCUUGCUGUGCUUGGGGGAUCAUAUCAUGGUCGGAAUUUGAUUGCUAGGCCAUGGACAGGGUUCAAGGAAUUGAGAGAUGGCUGGCUUGUUAACCGUUGCUUGAAUUUUCCAAGUCGAGG